AUGACGGACUUGUCUAGUAUUGAUACCGUCUCAGAUAUAUUCCCAUCAUAUCCUAGAUCAGAAUUGGCUGCUCGGUUGCUUUGCGCUAACUCUGUAGACGAGUUAAUAGAAGAACUAUUUGCAGAGCAACAGCCCAAGCCGGCUCACUAUGAUGUUGGGGUAUACCGCCUCAAGGAUAUGUUUCCAAAAAUGCCUCUUGAUGUUUUGGCCGCUCGAUUGCAAAAACACAAUGGGGAUGUGAUGCUGUGCAUUGAUGGCUUGAUGACUCCAGACGUUGCUCAUCAAUUGAGUGAGCUUCUUGGGAUUCCAUUGGAAAAACUGAGGAAAAAGUUGAAUGAAAUAAAGAAGAAAAAAGGAGCUAAAAUCCCACUGAAAUUAUUAUCUGGAUCAAAUGAUGAGACUGUAGAUCCAUCCAAUAAAUUGUUGCUACAGGCUGUUGCUGAAAUCAUCUUCGAAGAUAUCGGGCUGGCAUGGAACAGUGCUGAAAUUGCACAGAGAAGAGCCACCCAGCAAGAGAUUGAAUUGAAAAGUCAAAUUAAAUUUGAGCCUUUGUUGCAGAGGCUCAAUUACAACUUCUUGAAGCGCUCAUUGAAAUUCUUCAACAAUGAAUUGGGCAAAGUUUUGGAGGUGUCGUACAUGUUUAUAGAAGCUGGUUUGGAAGAGUUUCUGUUCACUUUCGAUCCACGAUACUCAGGAGCCAGUGCCUUGGUGCCGUUAGCAACUCCUGAGUCUUCUGUUUGGGGCAGAAAUCAAUCCGCGCAAUCGCAGGCGAUUGCAAAUGCGAAGGUCCUGGGUCUGAGAAUGGCUCCCCGGGCGCUUUCCACUAAUCAAAGCUCCUUCUCCACGUAUCUCGACCUCCACGGCUAUACAGUAGCGGAGGCGAUUUCUUUAGUGGAAUCCACUGUGGCAGCAUGGUGGGGCAGAGAGCAGGAAUUGAGAGUUAAAGAUGGCCGUUUAGAAAAACAGGGUGCUAAGGCCAACUUUGUCGAGUAUCUUGUCAUUAUUACAGGCAGAGGAUUGCACUCUCUUGGAGGCCCAAAAAUACGCACCGCUGUGAUCAAAGUGCUCAAUGGUCAAAAUUACAUUUUCCAGGAGCAGGUUGGGCUGCUUCAUGUUCAAGGAAAACGUAAGUGA